AUGGUUCAACCAGCUCCCAACGGGGGCUCGAGGAAGAUAUCCUUCAACGUCUCUGACCAGUAUGAUAUCCAGGAUGUGAUAGGCGAGGGAGCGUACGGAAUUGUCUGCUCUGCUGUGCACAAGCCAUCGGGUCAGAAAGUUGCUAUCAAGAAGAUCACACCUUUCGACCACUCCAUGUUCUGUCUUCGCACUCUACGAGAGAUGAAACUACUUAGAUAUUUCAACCACGAAAACAUUAUAUCCAUCCUUGAUAUUCAGAAACCCCGCAACUUUGAGAGCUUCACCGAAGUCUACCUUAUUCAGGAAUUGAUGGAAACUGACAUGCACCGAGUCAUCCGUACCCAAGACCUUUCUGACGACCACUGCCAAUACUUCAUCUAUCAGACUCUAAGAGCGCUCAAGGCCAUGCACUCUGCCAACGUGCUCCACCGCGAUUUGAAACCGUCCAACUUGCUCCUCAAUGCAAACUGCGACCUGAAAGUUUGCGACUUUGGACUUGCUCGCUCUGCUGCCUCGACAGACGACAACUCUGGUUUCAUGACUGAAUAUGUUGCAACCCGUUGGUACCGCGCUCCAGAAAUUAUGUUAACAUUCAAAGAAUACACCAAAGCCAUCGAUGUUUGGAGCGUGGGCUGCAUUCUUGCUGAAAUGCUCAGCGGCAAACCCCUCUUCCCCGGAAAGGACUACCACCACCAAUUAACCCUCAUUUUGGACAUCCUUGGAACGCCAACGAUGGAGGAUUAUUACGGAAUUAAAUCCCGCCGUGCACGAGAAUAUAUUCGCUCCCUACCAUUCAAGAAGAAGAUUGCGCUGAAAGCCAUAUUCCCCAGGACUUCUGAUCUGGCAUUAGAUCUAUUGGAGAAACUUCUUGCAUUUAACCCUGUCAAGCGCAUCACAGUUGAAGAAGCACUGCGUCACCCUUACCUGGAACCCUACCAUGACCCAGAGGAUGAACCCUCUGCAGAUCCCAUCCCAGAGGAGUUCUUCGAUUUUGAUAAGGAUAAGGACACACUGAGCAAGGAGCAGCUCAAACGUACGUUGAAUCUCCUCUGCCGCCUAUUAUUCCUUACAGUCAACUAA